GAGCCGCUCCUCAGUUCUGUCAAAAUGGCGCUCAAGGCACAAGUCGGUCAGAAGAUUAUGAAUGAAGUGAUUAAACAGAAGAAGAAGCAGGCAGGCGGUCUCGAGUGGCGUAUCCUGGUGGUUGACCAGCUGGCCAUGCGUAUGGUCUCCGCCUGCUGCAAGAUGCAUGACAUAAGUGCCCAGGGCAUAACCCUCGUCGAGGACAUACACAAGAAGCGCGAGCCCCUGCCGACCAUGGAGGCGGUCUACCUGAUAACCCCGAGCAACCUCUCGGUCACCAAGCUCAUCGACGACUUCAGCAAUCCCACGAGGACCAUGUACAAGGCCGCUCACGUGUACUUCACCGAAGUGUGUCCCGAGGAGAUGUUCAAUGAUAUCUGCAAGUCUCUUGCUGCUAAAAAGGUCAAAACACUUAAAGAGAUCAACAUCGCUUUCUUGCCCUACGAAUCACAGGUCUUUUCACUGGAUUCUCGGGAAACGUUCGCUUGCUUCUACAAUCCAUCUCUUAUUAAUGUAAGGAACGCAAAUAUGGAACGAAUUGCCGAACAAAUCGCUACUUUAUGCGCCACCUUAGGUGAAUAUCCAUCCGUAAGAUAUCGAAGUGACUUUGAUCGUAAUGUGGAGUUGGCUCAGAUGGUGCAGCAGAAGCUCGAUGCUUACAAGGCCGACGAGCCAACAAUGGGCGAAGGUCCCGAAAAGGCUCGAUCCCAACUCUUGAUUCUCGAUCGCGGCUUCGAUUCCGUAUCUCCAUUACUUCACGAGCUCACACUGCAAGCUAUGGCCUACGAUUUGCUGGAAAUCGAGAACGACGUGUACAAAUACGAAGCAACCGCCGGGCAGGAAAAGGAAGUUCUGCUGGACGAAAAUGAUGAUCUAUGGGUCGAAUUGAGGCAUCAGCAUAUCGCCGUAGUAUCACAAAACGUCACGAAGAAUCUGAAAAAAUUUACCGAGUCAAAACGCAUGCCUCAAGGUGAUAAGCAAAGUAUGCGAGAUCUUUCACAAAUGAUAAAGAAAAUGCCACAAUAUCAGAAGGAGCUGAGCAAGUAUGCGACUCAUUUACAUCUUGCCGAAGACUGUAUGAAGCGCUACCAAGGCAAUGUAGACAAACUUUGCAAAGUCGAGCAGGAUUUGGCAAUGGGAACCGAUGCCGAAGGCGAACGUAUUAAGGAUCACAUGCGUAAUAUCACACCAAUUUUACUCGAUCAAACGGUCAAUAAUAUGGAAAAAUUGCGUAUUAUUGCCCUUUACGUAUUGAGUAAAAAUGGCAUACCCGAUGAUAAUUUGAAUCGUUUGAUACAUCAUGCUCAAAUGUCACCAGAGGAUAAGCAAACUAUCGUUAACAUGGCAAACCUCGGCUUAAACGUCGUAGUUGAAGGAAAUCGUAAGAAAAUUUACACUGUACCGCGAAAAGAAAGAAUCACGGAGCAAACUUAUCAAAUGAGUCGUUGGACACCCGUUGUUAAAGACAUUAUGGAGGAUUCCAUCGAAGACAAACUCGAUUCCAAGCAUUUUCCCUUUUUAGGUGGUCGAACAGCCAGUUCUGGUUAUCAUGCCCCAACAAGUGCUCGUUAUGGUCACUGGCAUAAAGAAAAAGGACAACAAACAAUAAAGAAUGUCCCGCGCUUAAUUGUCUUCAUUGUGGGAGGUUGCUGCUUCUCAGAAAUUCGUUGCGCCUAUGAAGUUACGAAUUCCACUAAAAAUUGGGAGGUUAUCAUUGGUUCAUCGCAUAUUAUUACACCAAAGUCCUUUUUGUCCGAGCUGUCAAAACUCCACAUAAAUUGCGCAUAAUUCAAUUUUAAGGCUAAACAAGAUCUCUAACAUUCCCCGCAUUUCAAUGUAAUUAAAGAAGCUACAUAUUGCUAAACUAAUACCAGAAGCUCUGGUCCGGUCAUCGUUAAUAGAUUAUUUCUGAUACUAAUGAUAGCACGUGUCAGCAAAAAGAU